UGGCUCAUGAAGAUUACAUCUAGAAUUGACGUUUUGGAGUAGCAUAUAGGAUUGAAUAGCAUGGUCUGUUGUCCUGUUUCAUUUUCGUUAAUUCCAUUUUAUUGUCAACGUGCUUUCACUCUUUGAUUGAUGCUUCAUAAGCAAGCUCUUUUGGCCAAGGAAUUUGUUAUCUAGAGCUGCGUUGAUUUUAUUUUGAGGAAAUACUCAUCGCUAUUUGUAUCUUUAGCUGGAGCUUUGAUUGAAGUUGUCUUUCAACAUCGAUAGUACACUAUUGUUCUAAAAUUUGUAUAAAUAGGCUACUUUAACACUCAAUUUACCUACAUCCAAUGUAAGAUAUCACGUCCUGCAUUACGUUUAUGUUAUGCAACAGGAGUCAAAAUUUUGAAACCAGAAAACGUUCAUACUUUUUACUAUCUUCUUAAAACCUGUGCCAUGCUAACCAAGACAUUUGGUAUGAGUCAGAAAGCAUUUUUGCAAGAUGUGAUAAUAUUUUUCUGAGGUUGAUUUUAGAUCCUCUUUCUCUCUUUGAUUUUCUCUCUCUCAUACGUAUAUUGGAUUGUUAUAAAUAUGCAACGUAUAAAUUGUCAUGUAGACUUUGAUAAUCUAUCUAUAACUGGGUCUCUUUAAUGAUUAUCAGAAUUAUUCGUUUUAUGCAUAAUGUAUCUGAAUGGCUUCAUUUAUUGCCUUGGAGUAGAGAAGCUGUCUGGCUAUAUAUGGAAAAAACAGAUGGGUCCUUGGUCCUUGUAUAUAAGUUUUGAUGGACAGGUGCAUAUCCAUAUGAAAUUAAAAUAUUUAGAAUCUCAAGUUUAUUAGUUUGCCUGCAGUUCCUCGAAAUUUCAGGUUGCUGGAGGAACUUGAGCGUGGGGAAAAGGGAAUUGGAGAUGGCACAGUAAGCUAUGGAAUGGAUGAUGCAGAUGACAUUUACAUGCGAUCCUGGACGGGGACUAUCAUAGGUCCUCACAACUCUGUACAUGAAGGUCGCAUAUAUCAGUUAAAGUUAUUCUGUGACAAAGAUUAUCCAGAGAAGCCACCAAGUGUUCGUUUCCAUUCUCGGAUUAACAUGACUUGCGUCAACCAUGAAACUGGAGUGGUGGAACCCAAGAAGUUUGGACUUCUAUCAAAUUGGCAGCGAGAGUAUAUGAUGGAAGACAUACUGACGCAACUGAAGAAAGAGAUGGCUGCCCCACAAAAUCGUAAGCUCGUCCAGCCUCCCGAAGGAACCUAUUUCUAGCGUAAAAAUAUUUUGGUCUUCUUGACCAUAUGCAGAUUUUAAUAUCAGAAUUCAAAUGUGAUGCUGUAACGUCCCAAAAACUGUUUUCUUUCGACUUUGGUGGUCUCCUGCAAUGUUUGUAUGAUGUACUCCAUCGUGGACUGUACUGUUGGUUUAUGUUUGAUUGAAGGGAUUUCUUUUCUUGUGUGUCAAUUGUUGAGUCCUUAAAUUAGUAAUCAAGUUCUUGGAUCCUA